GUAAAGAUUUUAUGGAGAAUCAAAAAAUGAAAAAAAUAAGAAAUAAAGCAACAACAGUUUCUAUAUUAAAAUCUAUGGCACGAGUCAGAUAUAGAAACAAUAUAUUUUUAAAUUAUAUAUGUAAAGAGAUUAUUACUUCUACUAAAUAUUCUCUCAAGCAAAUUGUAACUAUUUUAAACUCAUUUGCAAUAUUAGGUUAUUAUUCUGAUGAUGUAAAUAAAUUAAUAGAGAUACAUAAAAUAAAUUCAAUUAUAAAAAUUCAACAUUUUCACGACUCUAUGAAAGUAAAUCUUAUGUGGAUCUUUGCUGUAUUCAAAAUAUUACAAAACACACAUGCUGCAUAUAUAUUAGAUGAAGAAUUUGUUUCAAAAAUAAUGUUACUUGAAGAGAAAAAUAAAUUAUCUUAUCAGUUAAUGUUAUUAAAUAUUAAUGGAUAUGCACAAUGUGCACUCAAAAAUUAUUCUGGACCCUUUCUUAAUAACGAUAUUGUACCAGAUAUUGUAAGUACACGUUCAAAACAAAAGAAAUCAUAUGUUGAUAUACUUGAAUUAACAUUAAAAAAUAUGUUACCAUCUGCAUCUUAUUAUAAGAUGAAUAUAAAUACCAAAAUGGGAUUUCUUUUAGAUGCUGAAUUAUGUGUAGAUUUAAACCUUAAUUUUCUUCCUGUGGAUAAUGUUAAUCAAAAUGAAGAUUUUAUUAAGAUAGCUUUAAUAUUACUUGAUUAUUAUGAUACGUGUUUAGGAGAUUUAAAUUAUAAUGGUUUAAUUAAAUUAUAUUCUCAUUUGUUAGAAUGUAAAAAAUAUAAAGUAUUGCAUAUAUCUUACCAAUAUUUUGGUAUAGAAGAUAAACUUGAAAGACGUAUAUCUUAUAUAAAACGUCAGAUAUGGAAAAAUCUUAAAAACACGUAGUAAUCAUCAAAUAUGAUUUCAUAUUAUGUAUUACUUGAUAAAUAAAAAAAUUUUAAAUUAUAA